ACAUAGACAGAUGUACCAUACAUAAUGGAAAGGUAAAAUUGAUUUGUGCCCAAAAGCAUUUAAAAGUCUCAAUUUACAUCCGAAUGACACCGUAUUUCAGUCACAGUCAGUUGGAAGCAGCGUUCUAGACGUAUCAGAGGGUUAUCUAGUUGAUAAUUGAAUGUGACAUUGUUUUAUUAAAUAUAAAAGUAUAUUUUUAUGCAGCGUUUGUAUUGUGGUGUUACCUCAUUAAAUAUCUACAAAUUGUUCCUAUAUUAAAACCUAAUUAUUUAUCUAGAAACUUAUUUAUUAAAUAUCUGUUUCAUUAAAAUGGAGCAUCGUUUACAAAGUUCAACAUUAGGACAUUAUCCAAACGUUCCACGGUACUAUUACUUAGAUCACAUGAGUCCAUCAACAUCUAGGUAUGCCGAUCACAAUGUUUCAGAUCACGUUGCUUCACCUCCUGGGAUUUUUAAUGCACAUUCUGCCAUGAUGAGUCCAUCUCAGGCUGUAGGAAGUGUAGGUACGUACGCUUCACGUUCAUCUAGUCAAAGUGAAUACCAACAUUCUUCUGGAGUCGGAAAUUCUGAUUUUAUGAAUGGAUAUAAAACAAUACACGAGGAACCACCAAUAUUAACUGCAGCACAGCCAACUCAUUCAAUACCAACUAUGAUGAAUGACACAAAUACGCAUGCUGGGAGAACACAUUGUAUGUUUGCUAGUGGUGCACUGCAUCAUAAUACUGAAAUAAACUCACGAUUUCACUCUAAUUUGAAUCAAAAUCACGGAUAUUCUUCUAACCCAAGUACCCCUUCGUCUUUUUAUCCUCUAUCCCAUCACGAAUUAUCGCACAACAGCCACUAUCCUGGAAAAUACCCAAAGCACGAUUAUGCAAGUGACGUUAAGCCAGCAUACAACUAUCAGCCACUAAAUUCAUCUUACGAAUACUACGGAAGCCCACAGUACGGAUACUCAAAUCUUCAACCUCAUAACAGUUUUCGGCAACCUCUUAAUCAAGUUAUAUCAUGCAUGUGGCAAGAUCAAACCACAAAAGGAAAACCGUGCGGAAAACAGUUUUUUGUUAUGAUGGACAUAGUGCAGCAUUUAGCUGAAGAUCACGUGGGCUUAAAUGACUCGACAGAACAUAUAUGUUAUUGGAAAGAUUGCCCACGAGCAGGACUUGCUUUCAAAGCUAAAUAUAAACUUAUUAAUCACCUAAGAGUACACACAGGUGAAAAACCUUUUCCAUGUCCAUUCCCAGGAUGUGGUAAACUAUUUGCAAGAUCGGAAAAUUUAAAGAUACAUAAGCGAACGCACACCGGUGAAAGACCGUUUGUGUGUGAAUUUACAGGUUGCGGUAGAAGAUUUGCAAACUCUUCCGACCGUAAAAAACACAGUCACGUGCAUACUUCCGACAAGCCAUAUAUUUGUAAAUACGAUGGAUGCAAUAAAACGUAUACACAUCCAAGUUCCCUUCGCAAACAUAUGAAAUUGCAUGGGAAGCCUGAUACCGUAAAAGAUAUAAAACUUUCAAAAAUAACAAACUCAGAUUCAAAAAUAAGAACUUCUGAUCAAGAUUUACAUUCCGUGAGUUGGUGAAUACGAUUUAGUAAUAACGGAGAUAUUAAAAACGAGAAAACUCGAUGAAACUACAGACAUCAUAUAUUUAAAUAGGAAUAAACUAACGAUACCUUUUAUCUGGUAAAAAAAAACUGUCGCUUCAAAAAACGUUUACGCAAAAAAUAAUAACUGUGGAAGACGUUUGUCGACAUCAUUUGCUCUCUCUAACAGCAAAUCGAAACAAAACUCUCAAAAAAGAUUUUACACUUGCACCUUUUACACGCUUACAUUAAUUUAUACUGUUCAUUACACACACACACACACACAUACACACACACACACACACACACAUAUAUAUAUAUAUAUAUAUAUAUAUAUAUAUAUAUAUAUAUAUAUAUAUAUAUAUAUAUAUAUAUAUAUAUAUAUAUAUAUAUAUAUAUAUAUAUACACAAACACACACAAACACAUGUAAGUGUAUACAGUGGCGCACUCGAGGGAUCCAAUUAAGCUAAAGAUCUUAAUAAUAGAUUUUUAAAUUAACUAAAUUAAUUAUAAUUAACUAUUAUUUAUUUACUACAAAGAAAACCAAAUAAUUAUCCAUGAGGCCUAUUAAAUGGCACACCCGUUAAAAAAAGUUAAAGGAAGAGCCAGUGUAUAUACUAUAUAUAUAUAUAUAUUUAUAUAUACAUACAUAAAUUUAGCUAUUUAUAUAAAAUGCAAACAAGAAAUAAUUUUAUUGUAUUUGAGGUAUUCUAUAUUUUCUUUGCCUCGUUGUUUUAUAAAAAUAUUUCGACAAUUUUAGAUGAUAUAUUUUGAGUAGAUAUGUAAAUAUAAACUGAACCAAACAUCAUAGUUUUUUUUUGUUUA